AUGGGAGAGGUGUGGUUUGAGUGGUUGUUUUUUGGGUGGGGGGAUGAGGGUUUUGGGAUUUGGUUGGUGGUAGUGUGGGUUGUGGGGGGGGGGGGGAGGGGUGGGGUGGGGUAUUGUAGGGUGGUGGUGUAUGUGUUGUGUGUGGUUGUUGGUGGGGGUGGUGGUGGGGAUGGUGGUGUGGGGGUGGGGGGGGGGGGGGGGGUAGUGGAGUAUUGUUGGUGGGGGGUGUAUGGUGGUUGGGUGGGGGGGUUUAAGAGGGUAGGGGGUUGGUUGGUGUGGUUUGAUGUUGGUGAAGUUGUGGGAGUUGGGUUUAUUGUGUGGUUGAGGGUUUUGGUGAGGGAGAGGAGUUUUGUGGUGGGGUGA